GGGAGGGCGAGGAAGAAGUCCAGCUGUCUCCCUAAUCCCGCCUCUUCUGCCUUAGAGGAAUGUGACAAAUCUGAAGAUAUUCCUGAGGAAGUAGCUACAGCCGGACAAGGGGAGAGCUGUAUGUUCCCAUGGAUGAUUCAAGCCUGUCCAGCAGUGUUGAUGUAGACAAAGGCUUUGCCAUUGCCUUCGUUGUUUUUCUGUUUCUGUUCCUAAUGGUGAUGAUUUUUCGGUGUGCCAAGUUGGUGAAGAAUCCCUAUGAGGCCAGCUCCACAACCACAGAACCAUCUCUGAGCUGAACUAUGAUAAAGCCUGGUAGACUUCCCUUUACAGGAGACUUGAAAUCUUUUAUACGGACAUUUAUGAAACAGACUUUUUAUUAUUUCACCUCCCUAUUUCUCAGUCUUCUCACUCUUGCAUUUCACAUUAGGCACAUGAGGGUAAGUUGAGAAUA